UUUUCUUGUUUUCACAUUAUCUCUGUGAAAUUAAUGGCGGUCAAUAGCAAGUGGUGGACCAAGGAGAUGGUGGCUGUGGUGACAGGGGCGAAUAAGGGUAUUGGUUUUGAAAUUGUUCGUCAAUUAGCAGAAAAUGGUCUUACUGUUAUUCUCACUGCAAGAGAUGCCACUAGAGGAUUGAGUGCCACAAAAAUCCUCCAUGAUCAAGGUCUCCAUAAUAUUGUGUUCCAUGAGCUGGAUAUUGAGAAGCCUCAAAGCAUUUUAGACUUUGCAAGGUGGAUCAAGGAUAACUAUGGCGGUCUGGACAUAUUGGUUAACAAUGCUGCUGUAUUUGGAACCAUAGAAGAUCAUGAAGCUGCAUAUCGUGCCCUUAAAGAUUCACAAGUGUAUGACCAUAUAUUUAACAACCCAGUUUUCGCCAAAGCAUUCAAAACAAACUAUGAAUUAUCAAAGAACUGCAUAGAAAUAAAUUACUAUGGGACAAAAAGAAUCACAGAAGCAUUACUGCCCCUAAUCAGACCAGAAGGUAGAAUUGUGAACGUUUCCUCAGAGGCUGGAUUGCUAAGGUUUCUGAAGAAUGAUUCCCUUCGAAGGCAGCUCUCUGACAUCUCAAAUGUAACAGAGGAAUUCAUUGAUAACAUGGUUGAAAUGUUUUUGGAUGAUAUGAAAAAGGGGGAAGUGGAAGGGAAGGGCUGGCCAAUUUAUUCAGCUCCAUAUUCUCUGUCAAAGAUUGCUUCAAAUGCCUAUGCUCGCCUCCUUGCUGAAAAAUUCUCAAACAGUGAAGAAGGGAAAAGGAUAUAUGUGAAUUGUGUUCAUCCAGGAGUAGUUCAAACUGACAUGAAUGGUCAUGUGGGAAACUUAAAUACUUCACAAGGAGCAGAAAGUUCUGUGAUGGUAGCUCUGUCUCCACCUGGUGGACCUUCUGGGCAGUUUUAUUUCAUCAAGGAACCCCAUGAAUUUUGAGGGGAUUUUCCUUUAAUGAGAGUUUUCAUAUGAAUGAUUAUUUCAUCAGAGCAAUCUUUGUUCCACUUUACUUUCUAUAUUAGCCAAGUUGGUAUAGCUUUUUAUCAUAUUUUCAUAGUUCAUGCUGAUUGUUGUGAGGGAAAGCUGCUU